UACUCUGCAACUCCAAGUUUCGUGGCGGCACGCGAUCCUGCGCUUAUUUCGCUCUGAAAAUACAACGUAACUAAUAAUCGAAAAUGAAGUUUACCACCGAUAAGAAACAGAAGCAAAAAGGGAAAGGUGUUGCCAGUGGUUCGAAGUUAAUGCAAAAGAAAACAUCAAAGACAGAAAAGGUGUUGCCGCCGCCCGCUAUCAAUGAAACCCUUGCUACGCCGGUCAAGAAAGGAAAUAAGGCCGCCUACCAAGUGAAAUCAGUAAUGUCGGAAAAAGCAACUAAGGGAAAAUUGAAAACAAAAGCAAACAAACCUAAAUCCGGCACGAAGACACCGAACCAGCCGGAGUCGGAAGACGAAGAUGUUCCGCGUGGCCAGAAAACCACCAAAACAGUGGCCAAAAAGAAAGCAGCUGUUUCCACGAAACCUGAAGAUGAAGUUGUAACGUCGGAAAGCGAAACUGAAGAGGAAGAAGACACCGCUAAGGAGCCUGUUAAACCCGCGGAUAAAAAGAAAGAUGUCGAGCAUUGCGUUUUCGUCGGAAACCUGCCUUCGAGCACCACAAAGUCCAUGGUUAAGUCUCUUUUCAAACAGUACGGCACCAUUUUGUCUGUACGGUUCAGAGGAAACCUCGGGCAAAAGAUAAUGCAUCGAAAGGAUCAGGUAAAGGUAAAGUCUCUGAUUGCCUACGUGCGCUUCUCGGCAAAAGAAGAGGUGCAAAAAGCUUGUGCGAUGGACGGACAGAUGGUGGAGCAGAAUCGGAUCCGGGUGUGUCCGCAAAAUCAGAAACAAUUGGGAGAGGUAAAAUCGACGGUUUUCGUAGGAAACAUUUCAACAGCUACAACGGACAACGAUUUGUACGAAUUCUUCAGUACCGUCGGUGAGAUAGAGUACGUGCGACAGAUCGCUAACAAGUGCAUCGGAUUCGUUUGCUUCAAGAAAGGAGUGUCCAUCAAAAAAGCGCUAAAGCUGAACCAACAACAGCUUAACGGACGUGCGCUGCGUGUCAUGGAAGUGGAUCCGGAGCGGACCAAUGUGAAGAAAAACAAGAAAGGCAAUCCAGUGAAGAGGAACAAGUUGCCGCAGCAGGGAUCGACCAAAAAUGGUGGCCCCACGGCCCAGGCAAAUGACUUCCACGGUAAGGUGGUGGCUGGCGGUGGACCCAAAAACAAGAAGAAGUCAGGGUUUGGGAAAAAGGCUAAAACCGCCAAGAUAAUUGCCCAGAAGCUGAAGGCAGCCGCGAAAGUUUCUAAGCCCGUCUCAUAAAAAAUGUACAACCGACACUGUUCAGAAACGAACUUACGAUUUAUAAGGUUCUUCUGUUCCGCGUAAUAGCGAAUAACCGAGAAAUAACAUUACUUUACGUGUAA